GCUCCGAGCGCCCUAUUUAAUCCCGGCGACUGCAGCAGCGCCGGCUCCCUCCCGGUACCCGCCUCGGCCCCGGGCUUCUUGGAAGCCGUUCCGGGGGCGCCCUUUUGGACAACGACGCCGUCAACCUAGUGCCCCCGGCCCCAGUCCCCGGAGAUCCAGGCUCGCCAGCGCCCAGCCGGGGAGGUGGCCAGGAAGCGCGAUGGGGGCCCCUUCCGCCCUGCCCCUGCUCCUGCUUCUCGCCUGCUCCUGGGCACCCGGCGGGGCCAAUCUUUCCCAGGACGAUAGCCAGCCCUGGACAUCUGAUGAAACUGUGGUGGCUGGUGGCACCGUGGUGCUCAAGUGUCAAGUGAAAGACCAUGAAGACUCCUCCCUGCAGUGGUCUAAUCCUGCCCAGCAGACUCUAUACUUUGGGGAGAAGAGAGCCCUUCGAGAUAACCGGAUUCAGCUGGUUAGCUCCACUCCCCAUGAGCUCAGUAUCAGCAUCAGCAACGUGGCGCUGGCAGAUGAGGGGGAGUACACAUGCUCCAUCUUCACCAUGCCUGUGCGAACCGCCAAGUCCCUCGUCACUGUGCUCGGAAUCCCACAGAAGCCCAUAAUCACUGGUUAUAAGUCAUCCUUACGGGAAAAGGAGACAGCCACUCUAAACUGUCAGUCUUCUGGGAGCAAACCUGCAGCCCAGCUCACCUGGAGGAAAGGUGACCAAGAACUCCACGGAGAACAAACACGCGUCCAGGAAGAUCCCAAUGGAAAAACCUUCACUGUGAGCAGCUCAGUGUCAUUCCAGGUUACCCGGGAGGAUGAUGGCGCAAGCAUCGUGUGCUCUGUGAACCAUGAAUCUCUAAAGGGAGCUGACAGAUCCACCUCUCAGCGCAUUGAAGUUUUAUACACGCCGACAGCCAUGAUUAGGCCAGAACCUGCACAUCCCCGUGAAGGCCAGAAGCUGUUGUUACAUUGUGAGGGGCGUGGCAAUCCAGUCCCCCAGCAGUACCUGUGGGUAAAGGAAGGCAGCGAGCCACCCCUGAAGAUGACCCAAGAGAGCGCACUCAUCUUCCCCUUCCUGAACAAGAGUGACAGCGGUACCUAUGGCUGUACAGCCACCAGCAACAUGGGCAGCUACACGGCCUACUUCACCCUCAAUGUCAAUGAUCCCAGUCCGGUUCCCUCCUCCUCCAGUACCUACCACGCCAUCAUCGGAGGGAUUGUGGCUUUCAUCGUCUUCCUGCUGCUCAUUCUGCUCAUCUUCCUUGGACACUAUUUGAUCCGGCACAAAGGAACCUACCUGACACACGAAGCCAAGGGCUCUGACGACGCUCCAGAUGCAGAUACGGCCAUCAUCAACGCAGAAGGCGGGCAGUCAGGCGGGGAUGACAAGAAGGAAUAUUUCAUCUAGGGGCACCCACUCAUCUCCUGCGCCCCCCCCCAAGGGGCCCCAUGGGGACUGCUGGGCUGUCACCAACCUGGACUUGUACAGAGCGACCCCAGGGCCGCCCCUCCCGCUUGCUCCCCAGCCCACCCAGCCCCCUGUACAGAAUGUCUGCUUUGGGUGCGGUUUUGUACUCGGUUUGGAAUGGGGGGGGAGGAGGGCGGGGGGAGGGGUGGGCCGCCCUCAGCCCUUUCCGUGGCUUCUCUGCGUUUGGGUUAUUAUUAUUUUUGUAACAAUCCCAAAUCAAAUCCGUCUCCAAGGCUGGAGAGGCAGGGGCCAUGGGGGUGAGGAGAGCAGCAGAUCUGCCAUGUUCGGAGAAGGAAAGUUGGAGGCUGAGAAACAACUGAGGAACAGGGCUGGUUUGCAGGUGGGGGCUUAACACGGCCCUCCUUCCAUGUUCACGGCCGAUCUGCCUCCCAGGUGUCUCCAAGGAGCUUGGGAAUAUGGCGGCAGGGGCUAGUGGUGGCUCUCUCUACCUCUGCCAGCCAUGCCUUGUAAGCUAAAGGCAGGGAGACAGGUGUGACACCACCGACACCCCUCUUUCAUUACAUAAGAAAGGAAUGAGUAGGAGAAUCCUCAAGAAGACAUGAACUGAAGAUGGCAUGCAGCCACACAGGGACCCAGGGCUUCAACACGUCCCUCCCAGAGAGAGUAGAUUUCCAGAGAGAGAGGUCGGAGGAAAUGGCCCUGUCCGUCCAUUGCCCCCACACGAUGAAUGAAGCUAGGCUCUUUUCACAGAAUCGGCCCUGGGGGGUGGGGGGAGGACAGCGGAGCUCAGCUUUCUCUCCUUGCUCCAGCAUUUGUGGGAGAGGCACUGUUUCUGGGCCUGGACAGCGUCUGCUUCCCGCACCUCGGAGGGGGCCCCUCACUCUUACCCAAGACCCUGGACUGUUGCACGGCAACCGCUCCUCUCAUGGCAUUGCUCAGCAACGACUCCUCCACCCCGUGCCACCCCAUGCCCUCUCCGGUUCCCUGUGCCAGCCCUCAGUCCCUCCUCCCUCAGCAGCCAGGCAGACAUGACAACAAAAUUACUAAAAGGAGCUUCGCUGCAGUGAGCUGUUUCCUGCCCAAACCGAGGGAAUAAUGUGAACUCUGUGCAUGUGUGUGUGCGCGCGCGCGCGUGUCUGUGUGUUAGUGUAAGUGUGCGUAAGUAUGCAUGGGUGUGUGUACAUGUGUGUUUGUGUGAAGAACAAGAAGCAAAGGGAUUGAGGAGAAGGACCAGGGGUCUCGGGUGGGUGACAGGGCAUGGAACAUGUGAGGCAUGAGGUGGGCUUUGGGAGUGGGUGGUUCCUAGUCAGGGUUUGUACCUCACCUAGGGGGCGCUGCUCUGUCCUAGUCGUUUCCAAGUCACUCGCUGCCUCUCUGAGAGAGAGGGAAGUUCCAGGAUGCCGUUUGCCCAGCUGUGCAUUUUGCCCCUCUCUGAAACACCCCUCACUCGCCAUCCUUCCCUGGACCUCCCACCUCUGAGCCACGGAGCCAGGGCCACAGCCUCUGCUAUGCACCUCUCAAAGCCUCUCUCCCUGGCACUGACUCUGGAUUCCCAUCCUUUGGACCCAGUGGCUAGAGGACUGGGUCCCCAUCUCAGCUUUUGGUUUACUGUCUUCCUUCUAUGGCCAAGCUGGUUGCUGUGGAGAUGAGAUUGCUCACCCUCUCCAUCCAGGCUGGCCCGUCCCUCAGACCCGGGAUGCCCUUGGCAUCACUCCCCGCCCCCUCCUCCAGCAUGUCCUCCCUGCUCUGACAACAGGUGUGCAAAAUGGGGCGGCUGCAAUCCAGCAGGCCUGCCUACUCCUUCAGUUCAGGUAACACUUUUGUGAAUCUUCCAGCCCCUGGUUAGGGUCCUGGGUACCCCAGGCAGCCCCUCGCUUAAGCCAGGGAUUCUCCUCUUAUAGCAGCAAGGGAAGCCCUGGGCCCCAGGCCUGUCCAGGCUCCUCAUCUCCCUCCCAGCACCCGCUUUUGGGAAAACGACUUUUUCUCCUUGAGCUGAACCACUCUGUCCAUAUUACACAGAAGCCAUAUUUGUACUGGGCGGGCGGGCGGGGGGCCAGAGGGGGCCGUUGUGCUGUGUGUGUCUGUCUGUGGGUGGGGGCGGGGGAAGGGGGCAGGAAGGGGAUCGUGUAUCUUUAUAAUCUUUCUAACUCUCCUGUGCUAAUCUCAGAGGGGCCACCCUCAAUAUAUCUGGAUUAUCCGUGUGGUCA